AUGGGCUUGCCGGACGAGUCUCCCUUGAAGGUCGUGACUUUCUUUACAGAGGGACCUCCCCACGACAACUGCUUGCCGUUGACUGAGACCGUGGCGGAGCUGCGAAGCUGUCUUGCAGAGUCCGGAGUGCAGUUAGUGGCUUACAGCCCGCGUACAUUGCUGGAAGACGAAUACUACAGAAACCACUGCCAAGCACAGUUCGGAAAGAGCAAGCUCGAAGAGCCGGGGAUGGAGCUCUUGCCUUAUGCAGCGAAGCUCGGCUACUAUGCCUGGAAGCCGUUGGUGAUCUGUAAAGUGUUGUCACAGCUCCAGCCAGGCGACAUGUUACUGUUCAUGGAUGCAAACUUGAAAAAGUACAAAGACUAUAAGCACGGCCUGGGUGACUUGCGAUCGACCUGCACUCAUUUGCUGCAACGGGCCGACAUUUUUGUGCCACUAGAGGAUGCUGUUUGGAAGCGAAUUCGAAAUCAUUGCAAAGCCUUAACUCUGGAUUUGAUGGAGGCGAACACCUUCGACAUCGCGUAUGCGCCCUGCGUCUGCGUAAAUCGCAUUCUGCUGAGGAAGUCUGCGCUUACAGAUGCAAUCAUGGCCGAAUGGUUGCAAUGGUGUGCAAACAAGAUGGUGAUAAGCCCCGUUCCAAAUCCAUAUACCCAUCCGCUUUGCAUGUUUCACACACCCGAACAGGCAAUCCUCGCCGUUCUUUUGCGAAAGCGUGUCCUUGCUGGCGAGUUGCCCCAAGGAUGGCCAUUCUACUCUUAUGCAUACGGGCAUCGAAUCUUCCACCUCGGAUCAUUAGAAGACUGGCCCAUAUCUCUCUGGGCAUCGCUAGGCAGCAGACUCCGAGCGAUAUUCUUCUUCCUUCGGCAUGCUGCCUUUUCCUAUAUAUACCCAGUUACGGACUCCUUCUGGAGCCAAUUCCCCAGGGCGACUGGUGGCUAUUUGUUGAAGUUUGCGUGGCGAGGGUUCUUGAUGUGCAUGAUACCUUUGCCAGAGAACUGUUAA